AUUGACGAGCCACCACCUACUAACUCAUGCACCACAUCUUUUUUCAAUCUUCAAUCAAUCUCUUCCUACCUCUAUUUAUAUAUAUCUCUCUCUCCUUCCCAUAACUCAGAAUUUAGCAUCUUUUCGAUUCGGAAUUGAAGUUCGUCAUUUACAUUUAUAAAACACAGCGUGUGAACUAGUGAAGUAAGCGAGAUCGAAUUCAAUGGGGAGCUAUGAAAUUGAGCUGAAUCUUAGGGCCACAGAGUUGAGGUUGGGGUUGCCCGGGAGUGAUGAACCUCAAGAGAAACGUCCAUGCAGUGGCUCUGUUGUCAGAAACAGCAACAAGAGAUCUUCACCAGAAUUGGAAGAGUCCAGGUGCAAAAGCAACAUCAACUCUGAUUCUUCGGACUCCACAACCACAAGUGAUCACAACGAAGACAGUGUCCAACCUGCAAAGGUACAAGUAGUGGGGUGGCCACCGAUUAGAUCUUUUAGGAAGAACAGUCUACAACAGAAAAAGGUGGAGCAGGGCGAUGGAACUGGAAUGUACGUAAAAGUCAGCAUGGCUGGUGCACCUUACUUGAGGAAGAUAGAUCUCAAGGUUUACCAAAGCUACCCAGAACUCCUCAAGGCCUUGCAAAAUUUGUUCAAGUGCACAUUUGGUGAAUACUCAGAAAGGGAGGGAUACAACGGAUCUGAAUACGCUCCUACUUAUGAAGACAAGGAUGGUGACUGGAUGCUGGUUGGAGAUGUUCCAUGGAACAUGUUCGUAUUCUCCUGCAAGAGGCUGAGAAUAAUCAAAGGAUCAGAAGCAAAGGGGUUGGGUUGUUUAUGACCAGAGAAAAUUUGCAAAGGAAAAAGAGGAUAGUGAUGAGGUCUUCAAAGACAAUACCCUUUGUGCAAGCAAGUGCAAGGUGAUUAUGAGAAGAGAACUAAUGCAUAGUUUAUCAGAAAAAAAAAUAAAAAAUAGACUCAUGUUUUAUGUAUACAUUAGUUUUCCUUUAUUGAUUUCAAGAGAGGCGGCUUUGAGGUCUGCUUCCUUAUAUAUGUAGUCUUCUAAUGAAAUUCAACCGAAAUGGAAAAAAAUAGAAAGAGAAAGAAAAUAUAAGAAAAGCUAAAGCUGUAUUGUACAGAUCGAGAAUAUAAUAAUGAUCUCAUUUUGUCCCAGUAAGAUAUCUUUAUGGGGGAGAAGUUAUUCUUUUGAUAAGGCUAUA